AUGGAGGCUGUGCAGAAUCAAGAAGGGCCUGAGGCCAAAGCUGCCGCGGACGCGGCCAGUGCCACGCAUGGAGAGCGGCCUAGUAACCCGCGUGCCUCAACUCUUCAAACGAGUUUUGCCAGUCGCUAUGUCUUCCACCAGUCGUUGCAUGAGAGGUAUCUGCUCCAUCUGAACGAUGAUCCCUUUUCUCUAGAGUCUUUCAUGACGCAGCACUUAAAGAUGGGAGGUGCCUACUGGGCCCUAACUGCCUUAUGGCUUCUAGGUAAAGGAAGCGGCGCCGUAACGUCGGCUGACGCCGAGGAAGCGGAGACGAAGAUUCCGGCUUCCACCAGCGAAUCGAUAUUUCUAAAACGCGAGGAAGAUCUUUGCAAGUGGAUCAUGUCCUGUCAGCAUGCAUCUGGAGGUUUCGCGCAAGGUCCCGGGCAAGAUCCGCACAUCACCAGCACGCAUUAUGCGCUCUUGCUUCUUGUGGGCAUGAACAAACUCCACCUCGUUGACAAAGAUCGAGUGGCAUCGUGGGUCAGAAGACUCAGAACUUCAGCGGGCGGGUUCAUGGGAGACGAGUGUGGAGAGUGCGACACACGAUUCGCUUAUUGUGGAGUCGCGUCUCUGACUCUUCUGGAGAGACUCGACCGGACAGUAGCGAAGGAGACGAUGCUGUAUGUGUUGAAAUGCAAAAACUCGGAUGGAGGUUUCGGGUGGAUUCCUGGUGGAGAAUCGCAUGCAGCAUCUGUUUUUUGCUGUCUGGCCGCUCUGGCCCUGUGUGAAGGCCUCGGAUGUGUCGAUAAGGAGCAGCUCGCCGUGUGGCUCAUCGACAGACAAGUCGAGGGUGGCGGUUUCAAUGGACGGCCAGAAAAAGCCCCAGAUGUGUGUUACUCCUUCUGGAUUCUUGCCUCUCUAUGUAUCAUUGGUUACUUAGACUGGGUGGAUACUGAGGGACUAACCGAAUUCAUCCUCCAGGCGCAGGAUGACGAAGAAGGUGGCAUAGCAGAUAGACCAGGAGACGUCAGUGACGUGUUCCACACCUAUUUUGGGAUCGCAGCCCUGAGUCUCAUGCAGACAGUUCCGGGCAUUGGAAAAGUCCAUCCUGUCUUAUCUCUACCCUGUGACGUCGUACAGCGGGCUGGCCUGCCGCUGUGUGUGGUCUGGGAGUAG